AUUUCACAAGCUCAUUCUUUUGCUUUCAUUCUACAACUGAACUUGCAGUUAACGUCUUCUCAUACGUAAGAUCAUGUUUUACUUCAUAGUUUUCCAACUUCUGCUGGCUACAUUAAUUUACGGGUCCAAUUUGAAAGGAGCAGAGAGUGUUACAGAUACGAAGUUCCAACCACACAAAACUCACGAAACUAGAAACGAAAGAAUAAAAAGACGUGCAGAACAAUUUAAUGCAUUCGACGAUCUUCGUGGAUUAAUCCAAAUGGAAAUGGAGUCAUUCGGUCACGAGUCAUAUUUCGAUAGUAUGGAAAAUAAUUAUUCCGGACAUAGGAAGAAAUCUGAUUACAAGCCAAAAUAUGACCCUGGAUGGAAAUUCAUUGGUUUAGGUAAAAGACCGCAGCGACAAGAUACUCUUCUAUCUUACGAUCGUGAACCUUCUAAAGGAAGAAUUGAUCCUUUGCUGGGAAUCUCAACGCUCAUUAAUUUGGAAUUUUUCAACGCUUUGCGGAAUGGAAUAGAAGAUGCUGCCAGAGAAACUGUUAAAAAGGAAGAUUCAAUGAAUGGCAUAGAUGGGAUUUCUGGAGAGGAUUCUGGUAAUGAUAGGUUCAAUAAUAAGCUCAGUUGGUUUGGAGGAAGGCAAAAAUCCAUGUAUGAUCCUGGAUGGAUGCUUACUGGACUUGGUAAACGAUAACUUAAUGUUAUUCACUAUUUUUUCCAUCAUUUCUGUAAUAUGCUGUAAGAUUUUUAUUGCUUCAUUGUGUCAUUCAUAAAAGUAAAAACAGAAUAAUGUAUUACAAAAUAAAAAGGAAAUGUUCAGUCUGUUUUAUUCCAUA